AUGACAAGUCUCCAGAACAAGGUUGCGCCUACUCGCAUGUUCGAGAGUAAACUUGCUAUUGUCACAGGAUCAGCAAGAAGUAUUGGUGCAGCCAUCGCCCGUAAUUUAGCAAGCAAAGGCUGUAAUGUGAUCAUCAACUAUGCGACUAAAUCAUCCGAUUCCCUUGCCAAAGCUCUUGCUAUAGAGCUUGAGCAAGAAUACUCUAUCCAAGCAUUGCCUGUUCAAGCAGACAUAUCCUCCCGUGCCCAAUGUGAGAGCCUUAUUGCUGUGACCAAGAACCAUUUCUCAAAGUUGGGAUCAUUUCAAAUCGACAUCAUUAUCCACAACGCGGCAAUCUGCUACGUUGGACCACUCGAGAGUGUUGUUGAAGAUGAGUUCCGCAGGAUCUACGAAGUGAAUGUGCUUGGUCCAAUUCUUCUCACUGCUGCUUGCAAACAAUACCUUCCCAGCGACCGAUCUGGGCGCAUCGUAUUGCUCUCAAGUAUUAACUCCAAGGUUGGGACUGAGAAUACCACUUUAUAUGCCGGUACUAAAGGCGCUGUUGAGGCCAUGACUCGAGUAUGGGCUCGUGAGCUGUCAGAAAACGCCACAGUCAACGCAAUAAACCCUGGCCCUGUGAUGACGGAUAUGUACAUGUCUGCCGAUGAUGAUAUCAAACACUCUCUUGCAAAGUGGAAUCCUCUGACACCAUUGACAGCUGUACGUCCUGAUGACAGUGAAGAGAUGAGAAUAUUGGGUGAGAAAUUUGGAGGUAGACCUGCAUAUGCGGAAGAUAUUGCUGGACUUAUUGCAACUAUAUGCAACCCUGAGUUUAGAUGGUGCACUGGAAGCAUCAUUUCGGCCAAUGGGGGCCUUUCAUUCAGUAUUUAG